AGAACUCCACACUCACUCACACGGCACGGAUUUUACUCUGCAUUUGAACUCCUUGUUAACGGACUCUGGACGGAUCUUUGCACCGAGCUGGAUUACUGCUUGUUUGGACUUUAAUUCACGAAUUUACAACAGCCUCUCCGCGCCGUGGAUACUUGUCAUUACCCUGGAUUUUAUGGAUUACUUUACUGACUUCAACAUGACUCUGGAAAAGCUUUUCGGAUCCAACAGCACCGAGAAAAAGAUGGAGACGGUUAGCCAGGCUCUGGAGGUGCUUCUGGUCGCGGCUCAGCGGCAGGACUGCCUCACGGUGGGAGUCUACGAGUCCGCAAAACUCAUGAAUGUAGACCCGGACAGUGUCGUCCUAUGCGUCCUCGCCACUGAUGAGGAGGAUGAAGGUGACAUUGCGCUACAGAUCCACUUCACCCUGCUGCAGGCUUUCUGCUGUGACAACGGCAUCAACAUCCUGCGGGUGGCAGGCAUGGGGUGCCUCGCGGAGCUGCUGGAGGAGGACAGCACCGGGGACAAAAACGGCAACGAGCCCCGGGACCUGCACUGCAUCCUGGUCACUAACCCCCAGGUGCAGCCCCUCCAGUCUCUGGCCCUGGAUAACAUCAGCAGCUUCUGCGAGGAGAGCCGCUGCAGCAACCAGUGGGUUCCCUGCCUGGAGAUGCACGACCGCUGAUCCGAACCGAGCCGAGUUAGACCGCUGCUGAGCGGGGAGAAAGAGUCCAAACAGCCGGCCUUCUGCUGAAGACGAUUAACGGCGUUUGAAUACAAAUAGUUGGGCCGAACCGAGCCGAACCGAACCGGGCCUUUACUGCAGCCCGACCGGGUGAUUGAUGGUUCCGGUACCGUACGGGUUCUGAAAGCCGGACCGGCCUGUGGAGGGGGCGGGGCUUAGUCCUGAAGCUGCAGACAGAGGGGGGAACUGUGUUAAAGAAUGUGACUGAGAAUGUCACGUGACUGAACCGACGAUGAAUGAACUGAGCACGUGAAGCUACCUGAGUUGAAGGUGCACGUGCUGCUCACCUGUCCUCACACAUGAACUGAAGGGGACGUCAAAAGGACAUGUGACGUCAUUGUAUUACUCUCUGUUAGGAGUGGAGUUACACACUGAACGUGUACAGUUGAUUAUUUAAAAAAAAAAUCAGAUGCAUUAAUAUGAUGUUUAUUGAACCUGAUGAAUAAAUAAUUGAACGAGAACUUA